AUGCUCAUUCGGGAAGGCUGCGCUGAGCUCCCGGCCUCGAAUGAAGUUUAUACUCAUCAACAAUACUCAGAGUUCCCGGUUCUCGACAAAUCACAUAUCCACCCGGGCCCAUAUAGCGAGUUCAACCACCCCGUCGAUAUGCGGGGCAUGAGGUUACCGACCUAUGAAGAGGCUGAAUGGGCCCCCGUUGCCUCUUCUGGCCCCCAGCAGACCACUCAUGAUCGGCAGCCGAGUGCGGAUCCUUUUUCCGCGGCCCAAGUUGUGGAUCCGGUGGAUCGCUUGGACAGGCUGCCUUGUCCGGUGGUCAUUCCCAGGUGCAAGGGCAGCGAGCGACAAUUUGAGCGCAUCUAUGCACCGGUUUUGGCGAAUUGCGGGAUCAGCCAGGAGACGUUCUGGAUGUUUCUGGAUGAUUUUGAGCACGCACUGAGAGAGCCACGAGCUGCCCAAUGCAUCAGUGUGGCAUCGGAUAUAUCGCAUCGGAUCGUGGGGAUGGCCCCUGCGGUGACAGGCCUGACGGUUGAAGUCGCGGCAGGGACAAAAGCUCGCGAGAUGCAGUUUUCUUGGCAGGCGAAUACCUUCCUUGACCUGGCGAAUCAAGAACUAUUCAUGCCGUUUGGCCUCUAUGCGGUGGUUAUGCGGUUCACAGACACAAUCCCCGGCCCACAACAACAACCUCUCAUCGAGCUAUCUCAAAUGCUCGGCAAGACGGUCUUCGCAACCGAAAACUUUGAUAUAAUUCAAGCAGCCUCCGCGAGCGGAUACAACCCUCCUCAGGGCACUACAAACAUUGAGCUACCCACUGCUGCACCUUUGGAAGCCAAACGUUCCAGUUACCACAAAGCUAAACACGGAUCAAAACAUCCGGGACUGAUAGCGCGCUGGAAAGAGCUGAAACGCCCAGAAAGCAACGACAACCUCGUCUCGAGAUUAAGCGGUGGUAGAUCGGGCAGCAAACCAGGAUUGAUUGAGCGAGCGGCAAUUUCCAUCAAAGAAUCUCAGGAUUCAAGACGCAAGUUUAGGCAGGAGAAGGAGAUCGAGUAUUCCAGUAGAUCUUUGCAGCCGGGUGUGCCUUAUCUGAUGAUUGUCAAUUUACCGAGCCAAGACGAGCUACAGCAGUCAGUUGGUCGGUUGGAGACAAUCUUGCUGCAGGCUGGGCAGGGUAUGCCAUGA